AUUUACACAAAACCCUCCAAUGGUCGCCUCUCCCCACCCGAGGGUGCUGACGGUGAGCGUCUCGGGCGCCUCGCCGUCGUGGCUGUGCACCGCCUGCAGCCGUAUCAACUCGAAAGGCGAGUCGUGCGCCAACCCGGCGUGCCGUGUCGCCUUCAGAGUGGCUGGCGUCCCCCACCACGCGAUCGACAAGAUGGCGCCCCAGCAGGCGGUCGUUGCAGGCGGGCGCCGCUCGUCGCUACGCACCUCGGUCGUCGACGCCCGCCAACUGCGCAUCGAGCGCGCCGCGGCCGUCCGCUCGCCUCGCGAGCUCUCUGGGCUGCAGUCGUCCGAGCAGGAGCCGCUCUUGCUGGGCGAGGAGCUCCGGCGGUGCAACUACCUGCCGUACAGCGGGCUGGCUCCGUGCGACGUCCCCAUCGCGUCCGGGGUCCAGCUCUCCGUCCUGUGCGCUGGAAGCUCCCGCAGCGGCUCGGCGCCCGACGUCUUGAGCGAGUACUCUCGCGUCUGCAGCCGGCUGCUGCCAAACUUGCCUCACAAGGACAUCCUCGAGCCGUCGGAGGGGUGCUACCACGCGCUGGUGCGCGACGCCAAUGGCAAGAUGCUCGGCGGGGCCUCGUUUCGGCUGGUGCAGCUCUCCCAGCCGGGCGACGACUCGCCCCCCGAGCUCCUUGUCCUCCACGUCUCGCGAACCGUCGUCGCAGAGACGGCGCAGCGCUGCGGCCUCGGCUCCUGCCUGGUCCGGUACCUCCGUGCGCUCCUCGUCACCCACGCGAGCGUGCGGACGAUGCGUGCGCUCGUGGUGACGCAAGCCGACAACCACGCAGUCGACUUUUGGCGAAAGUGCGGCCUCGAGCCACGCUCCGGCGCACGCCUCCUCGUCGAGUCCCUCUUCCGACACUCGCCCGCCGACUUUCCGGUCUGCGAGGGCGCCCGCCCGAUGCUGCAACUCAUCGCAACCUCGUCCGCCUCCGCCGAGCCCGCGACGCCCCUCAAGGAGGCAAAGGGCCGCGUCGGGCGGCGCGCCGUGACCCGCUCCUCGUCGCGGCGGGCCUUCUGACCCCACGCCGCCGCGAGCGAGCGAGGGCGUGGCCGGGUGUAUGAAUGCCGUGUAUUGAAGCGAGGAAUGUGAGAGCCAGGGCGCAGGGGCCGCCGCCCUGCGAUAGCCGGCCCCUGCCGCAAACGGUCAACUGAUGGCCGCACACAAGUGACUUGUGUGCAGAGCCGCUGAGGCGGGAGCACGCGCGCCCGUCCGGUAUUGGCGUAGGUCGAACCGGGCGCCGCGGUCCCCUCCACGGGUGUGACUGUGAGACCUUUUGGGUUUUGCCUGUCAUUGUCGCCUCUCGGUUGUGGAGGUGAGCUUGCUUGUUUUGGGCCUGUCCGAGGAGAGUUUUCGUCUGUGGGAGAACGCUUGAGACUGUUGUUCAUGUUGCGCCGGUGUAGCUUUCUUAGUUGAGAGCUGGCCUUGG